AUGUCUCCCAUUCCUGAGACCAUGACGGCCAUUCGCAUGUAUGAGUACGGCGGGCCAGAGGUACUCAAAGUCGAAACUCACCCGGUACCUGUUCCUGGCGACAAUCAAGUCUUGAUCAAGGUCAAGGCGUCAAGUGUCACCUGGUGGGACUAUGCCUACCGCAACCAGCUCAUCGGGCCCAUCCCUGGCCGUGGAGCCCUACCUAUUCCGCAACAGUUAGGCCGUGAGGCCGCAGGAGACAUUGUCUCUGUUGGGAAGAGUGUCCGCACGUUCUCUGUUGGCGACAAAAUCGUGACCCUGGCCUGUCCAGCCUGCGGUCAGUGCCCGUUUUGUCAACAGGGCUUCGACAACUUGUGCAUUCGCACAGACCUACCAGCCCACAGUACUUUCGGAAGCUAUGCUGAGUACAUUGUUCGGGAUGAGCAUAGUAUUGUCCUUGCUCCUGACCAUCUGAGCUACGACGUCUUGGCAUGCCUCAUCUGGUCCUACGGCACUCUUAUGCACAUGAUCGAUGGCCGUGCGAAGCUUCGGCCCGGCGAGACCGUUAUGAUCACUGGAGCGUCAGGCGGCAUGGGAACAGCGGCUAUUCAGCUGGCCAAGCUGGCUGGUGCAAGCAAAAUCAUUGCUCUGUCAUCUGCUGUAGACAAAUACGAAAGUCUUCGAAAGGCAGGCGCCGACGUCAUCUUGAACUACAAGGAUACAGAUGUCCUUCAACAAAUUCAGUCUCAAACAGCGCUCAAGAUGGGUGUCGAUGUCGUCCUAGAUAGCGUCGGAGGUCCGAUGGCCGAAUUAGGUGUCGAAGCCUUGAGGAUGGGAGGCCGCAUAGUUAUGGCUGCAACCAUGGGUGGGAAGAAACUUCAGUUGGACGUUCACAAGCUCUUUAUCAAGAACAUCUCAAUUCAUGGCGUUCGUGCUUCGAGAAGGCAGGACCAGUUGAAAGUCCUGAGCUUAGCAGCAGCGGGCAGGCUUACUCCAAUCAUCAGCCACAGGUUUCGCCUGACGGAGGUAGUUGAGGCUAAUAAGCUGCUUGAAGCUGGUGGGCACACAGGGAAAAUUGUUUUGUACACAUAG